GUACUCUACAACUAGACGUACGGCGCACAGCUCGGCUACAGCGAGGCCCUGUCGAUCAAGAUGACAAGUCAAGCACACCGAAGUGUUGGAACGUGGCACGAGCCCGUGUCUGGGAUUGGGAUCGACGAUGGGCGUCUGUGGCUGGAUGAAUUUUCCAGUGGCGAGACGAAGCCUGCAGCCAGAGGUACCAGGCAUGUGAGACCACCCGUUUGAGGAAGUCCCAAUCUUUCAUCGACACCUGUCCAUCUCCGAUUUGGAUGCUCGUCAUAGCAGCCACUAUCUUCUGCAGACCCUCAGACCCUUUAGCAAUAACGCAAUCGAACAUGAUCACCGCGACCUCGAACGUUCUGGCCUGGGACCGUGAGGGAACAAUAUGUCGCAGCUCGCAGCUGAGGAAUGAUGACAGGGGCGAUCACGAUGCGGGAAGAAGGGGGACCAAAUCGACGAUUGGACGGCCCGAAGGUUCCAGAUUCUUUGCAGUUUGGCCGAUCGCGUCGCAAGGUCCAGAUCAUGGCAGACCGUGGCAGACUCCUAGAACCACAUUCGGCCCGGCGCCGGACACAUCAGGUGCUGACGCUUGGCACUGAUUUCCAGCUUCGUCUGCGAUUUCAACGAUUCAAUAUGGCGGCGCCCGAUCUGUGUGCCCUUCCCACCCUUCCCUCCAAGGCUCUGGAGAUCGAGCCAAACAAAUACUUCGCUCAUACCAUUACCACGCACCACCUGCCCACCUGGCGCUGCGGGAAGCAACGAUGGGGAGCGCCAUGCCUUCACCUGGCAUGGCCAUGGUUUCUUGCUUCUCACCUGCUUCCGAUCAUCAUCGACGCUGUGUAAAACCAGCAAAGCCCUCCUCGCCGCGUUUCAAUUUCGAUCUCGUCUACCGAAGCCUCGUGGCCACCUAGCCAAUCCUACGAAUACGCUAUCCGAACAGGCGCCUCACAAUCCCCCUGUACAAGACGACCACCGAAAGACCCACCAAACCGCCCUUUACGCAAGAGCGAUAACGAGUAUACCACUCUUGAAUUACCUGAUUGACCACGCACCCUCCCACCACGGCGCGAGAGCGAUGUCGCAACAUGCACGACUCCCCAAUAUCAUCGGCACCGUCACCUAAGAGGGCGCACUCGUCGACAAGCAGUAGUAAUCCCCGCCGUGUCCACCCGUCUCAGUCCAAGUCGCUGCCGCGCAAUAAGAAGGUCAAGAUUGAUCACAAACCUGAUGUGUCAGGAGCGAAGCCGUCGCCCGCUCAGGAAGAGAUUGUUCCGAGUGUUCCGCAAGGAGAAAGUCGUGACUCGAGCAGUGACCAGAGUGCGGCCAAAUGGUUCGCGAGCAAAAACGAGAACGUCGUCGAUUCCCAGAACAAAAGAGGAUCACAAGAGAAUGAAUCUCCUUUCUACCUCGCCCAUCAGGCCAGUUAUCAGCAGUCCAAGAAUCUCCGCUCGCACAAUGCAGAGAGUUUCGGCCCACGGCCCAGAGACGACAACGAGAACGAUGAGUUGCGAGGUGUCAUUGACGACCUCACCGUGGAGAACAAGAAGUUGAAGCAUCUCCUGAGGAAUUGGCAAGCUCGGUCAAGUCCCACCAGCAGUAAUCCAGAUAGAGUGGUGGAAGUCCGUUUGCAUGGACUGCCGGCCGAAAAGAAGAGGGAAUUGGAAGACCUCCUGAAAAAGUUUGCCACUGGCCUCACUGGCGACUCUGCGUCACAACCAAGUUCAUCGGGCCCGGUCGAAAAGUCCGCGUCAAGUACCGGAUACGCCGCCAUUCCGGCCCUGAAAGGGCCACAAGAUCCUAAUAAUACUGACUCAGGCUAUGCCUCUAUCUCAAAUUCGGGAAUGCACUCAGCUUCGCAGUCCAGCGGUCUUCGACUACGCGAGCCUGUGUCAAUGAGCAAAAAGGAAACCGACAUCGAAAACUAUCUGCACGAUAUUCCAGAUUCGCUGUUCCCGAGAAACACCAGCUCUGUUAGUGAGAAUGCGAAGAUGGCGUUGGUGGUGCAGAGGUUGGAGCAGCUCUUCACUGGAAAGAGGGCUGCGCCGGGUGAGCACAGCCUGCCCAUCCAGCAACAGAAGAUUUCUCGUUCCGCCGCCAAGGCUGAUCGGCGCGAGGAUCAGAGGCUGAAUCGUGCAUUGAGAAUCGAGGGCACUCGUGAAGCUCAUAUUCUUCCUCACGACUCCAAGAUCAUCUUCGACGGUAUGGAGGCUAGUAGUCAACCCCUGGGGAAUCAAUCCGGAUCCGAGCACCCUUCUGCGGAGGGAAGAACUGUCCCAGCCUCGGAAUCCCCCGGCUCCCCAGAUCAACGGCCCACCCGACCAUUGGAUCUUGACAUUCAUCGUGCGCAAGUCGCCGCUGACAAUAUUGAGUAUAUUCGACAUCUUGGCUUGUCAUCGCCGCAAUUCGACGACAACGACGACGACGACAGAGAGCAACCCUGGUUGUAUCUGAAUCUGCUUGUCAGCAUGGCUCAGCUGCACACGCUCAAUGUGACGCCCGCCUUUAUUCGCAAGGCUGUCAAACACCUGAGUACCAAGUUCGAGCUAUCGAAGGAUGGACACAAAAUACGAUGGAUCGGGCGUACCCUGCCAACUGGUUAUGGCCAACAACAGAGUCCAGACGGGGCACCUCAGCGCUCCUCCGAGGACACUGGCGACGAUGCUGGACGUCAGAGCGGCAGAAGUGCUACGAGUACUCUCAAUGAAGCCUCAAACUCUAUCUCGCUUUCAGAAGACAAAGUGCUGAGGGGAAAGAUGAGCGGCACCUCCAACCUAGUGAAUUCUGCGACAACGUCGUCAAAUCAUGUCGUCGACCAGCCGUCAACAAGCCUAUCUAAGUCGACCUCUGCGUUCGAGUACAAACCCAUCGUCUUCCAAGGGAAGAGGUCUCUUUUGAAGGCCAAAAACUCAUACUUGGAUUCGUCGAGUUCGCAUGAUGGCAAGUCGCCCAACUCUACUGGCCUGGUCCGCGCCUUCAGCCGAUCAAGCUUGAAACCCAAGGAAGAUGGCUACGAAGGGUAUAUGACGUUCUUCAGCAACCCUCACUUCUUCACAGAUCUCAGUGGCGACAAGUCUCCCACAAACGCUAGCGUGAGCGGGUUUAAAGGGGUCCGAGAUACGUUGGGUAUCGACAAGAAGCGGCCACUGGUAGACGACACUCUGCGGGACGCCAAAGCUUGUUAUUUUCUUUCUCCCUGGCCACCAGUGCGCAGCACCUGGCCUCAAAAUUGUCCGGAGAUACACAUGCAGCUUACGCCAAUCAUGUCUGCAGGGGAGGACGAGACAGUGCCGAUUGAGUUUGAAGCUUCUGGUGUAGGAGGUGUUCGGCCGGAAGACAAUUUUGCGCUCGACGUCCAGAUUGCAAGAAAGCGGCAGAGGCUCGACAAUGGGGGCGGUAAGAGAUCAAUUCGGCAGAAGGGACCUGCAAGAUACACCUACCAAGUUGCCAAUUGCCGUAGGCUGACUCUACAACCUUCGCGGCUGCCACCACCCAGCUACGUCUUCUUCACGGCAAGCUCAUCGUCCAGUGCGGGGAAAGGAUACUAUGACGACGAGGACAGCGAUGAGUCCUCGGAGGCGGAAUAUUCCCCUGCGCCGGCUGGGUUUUUGUGGCAAUGGUCGUCGAGUUCAAAUGAACGACAAGGUGGUGACGACGAUGCAUCGGUUGCAAGUUCGUCUCUGGGAGUGUUGGAAGCGGCACGAGCCAGGAUCCCAAUUCCCGGUGCCACGAAUGAACUGGGCAGGACCAUGAGUGGGAGCCUUGCAGCCACUGCCGGAGCGAGCUGGAGUGUCGCUUCCAACGACGCCGACGCUGACUUUGCCAAUGAUCCCAAUGACGACUCUUCAGAAGAAAUGAGCGUGGACCAUGAAGUUUGAGGCUUCAUUCCAGGGCAUAGAUUGGGACAUUUGUUUCACCUGAUUGUAUAACGAAAUUGCACAAUCGGCAUUCUGGCCGAACGAGAGAGCAUGGCGUUGGCGGGAACCGGUUGUCUUCAAAAGUCCUGCGAUUGACGCACGAUUUGGUUGUAUUUAUUCCAUAUUGGACACUUGAGUAUAUCUAGCAACGAGUCAGCAUGAUGUCAAAGAUACCCUUGACGAGAUAUGUGGUAGAACAAUGGUGACCUGAACUUUUGAAAUGCACGGGUCCAUGGGUGUGUGGC